AUGGACUCUGCUAUUACUUUUGCUUUAUCUUCAUUUGGUGUCUCGUUGCAUAUGCAUCUUAUAUCAUUGUGUCGUUGCUGUAUUAACCUUAUAUCCUAUCUGAUGCGUUGCAUCCGAGUCGUAGAGCCAGAGUCCACUACUGACGCAAGGAAAGACAGCAUGUUUUUGUCACCCGCCAUCGUCCAGACAAUCUGGAUGGAAUUCAAAGUUUGCCUGUGGUAUCACGCACCUUGA